CUGGUUGGAGCCCAUGUAUUUCCCAGCAGGCUUUGGAGCAGCGCUCUCUCUCCUUCCCAGGACGCCCCCAGGGAAGUGUUCCGUACCAGCGAGACCGACCCGGGGGCGCACACGGAGCAACACGAGGGGCAAUUCUACUCGCUGUCGGCACAGGACGUGAGGGCCACAUUCCCCCAGGGCCUUCCCUGGCGCUUCCAGCAGCAGAGCAAGACCUUCAAUGAGACGUGCGUGAUGGUGCGCCGGCCCGCCAUAGAACUGCUCCGGUACCUGAGGAACUCUGACCCGACCCAGCCGGCUGUGCGCUACGUCCUCUAUGGCAAGAGAGGAACGGGCAAGAGUCUGACCCUGUGCCACAUUGUGCAUUACUGUCACACCCAAGGCUGGCUGCUCCUACAGGUGCCCGAUGCUCACGUCCUGGUGAAGAACUGUAAGGAGCUCAUGCCCUCCUCCUUCCAUAGCAACAGGUUCGACCAACCCUUGGAAGCCUCCAAUUGGCUGAAGAACUUUAAAGCCACCAAUGAGCACUUCCUCAAGCAGAUCCGUACCAACCAGCGAUACGUGUGGAGCAAGCGGGAAGCCACAGACGAGGGCAGACCCCUGGGGGAGGUAGUGGAUCAGGGACUGACGAGGGUGAAGAGUGCCAGUGACGCAGUGGGCGUGGUUCUGAAGGAGUUAAAGAGACAGUCGGGGGGAGGAGCAUAUCAGAUGUUGGUCUCAGUCGAUGGAGUUAACGCUCUGUGGGGCAGGAGCACUCUCAGGAAGGAGGACAAGAGUUUGGUGCCUCCGGAGGAGCUGACCCUGGUGCACAAUCUGAGGAAGAUGGUGCAGAAUGACUGGACAGGGGGCGCUAUAGUCCUGACUGUGACCCAGGCUGGAUCCCUGUACACCCCUGCCUGCGCCUAUCUGCCCCAUCAUCUGCUGGGAAAGGAGGGGUUCGAUGCCCUGGACCCGUUUGUGCCCAUCCAGGUGCCCAAUUACAAUGAGAAGGAGUUUGAGAGCUGCUAUCAGUACUACCUGGAGCGCAAGUGGCUGCAGCACCACAAAGCCCAUACGCCGGAAGGGAAGGCCGAGUUGCGGUUCCUGAGUGAUUCCAACCCAAAGCAGCUGGAUAAGAUCUGCGCCUUCCUCUGACCCCUCCCACUGGGCGGGGCUUAUCGGAAUUACCCCAUUGUGGGGCAGUGACUGUGGGGGUUGCCCAGUGAAGCCAUAGUGGGACUAUUAAUGAGAUUGUAUGGGCCUGACCCAGGCACGGGCGGUUCUGCCCCUCACGUACUUCCCUAUGUAUAAUAGCCCCCGACUGGGGCAGGAACGGAGCCCCCUACUGACAAGGAGCCUAUAAAGCAUGUUUUGUACAA